UGUGUGUCGCUACACAGGGAGCCAUCAACUGCCGACUAUUUUGGAAGUUGAGAAAGGAGGAGCUUAACGAGAAGUUGUUGGGCUGGCUGCGACCAAAGAGGAACGGAAGGAAGGUGAUGCAACAACCAAUAACCCAAUAUUGGCAGAAAACAUCAGAGCCCAUGUAAAGAACAUUCAAGGCAACAGAUGAGAGCUCGCCUCCACGCAUAGAAAAGUUUCUGGAUUAGGGCAGAAUUAACACAAAGCAGCGACGCCACUCCAGCUACACUCGCAAACAGCGCAGAAGAGGCACGAGGGGGACUGAGACACUCAAGCGAACGCCACCUCAGAAAACUUCAAACUCUGAUAGCGAGAGGAAGACGAGUCCAUCCCACAGAGAGAGAGAGGCGGCAGAGGCAGAGAGACGGCAGCAGAGAGGCAGGGGAUCUUUGCCGACAAGGUCCUGAAGGAUGGAAGAGAAGCAGUUGUCCGGGAUCCUGAACGGAGCAGUUCCAGGCGAGCCAGUGAAGAAGGAUGAAAACUCCCGGAGAGGGAACUGGGGCAACCAGAUAGAGUUUGUCCUAACCAGCGUGGGCUAUGCUGUGGGCCUGGGCAAUGUCUGGAGGUUUCCCUACCUCUGCUACAGAAAUGGAGGAGGUGCCUUCAUGUUACCAUACUUCAUCAUGCUGGUGUUCUGCGGCAUUCCUCUCUUCUUCCUCGAGCUGUCUUUCGGUCAGUUCGCCAGCCAGGGGUGUCUGGGAGUAUGGAAGAUCAGCCCUAUGUUCAAAGGUGUGGGCUAUGGCAUGAUGGUGGUGUCUACCUACAUUGGGAUCUAUUACAACGUGGUCAUUUGCAUUGCCUUCUACUACUUCUUCAUGUCCAUGACAAAUUUGCUUCCAUGGACCUACUGCAACAACCCGUGGAACACACCGGACUGCAGCGGGGUGCUUGGCAGCAGCCCCCGGUUCAACGCCAGCCUGGCUAACGCUACCACAAGCCUGGUAGCAGCGGCGUCCGAGGUAGUCAACCGUACCAAGAGGACCAGCCCCAGUGAGGAGUACUGGAAACACUAUGUGUUGAACAUCUCGGAUGAUAUUGGGAAUUUUGGAGAGGUCCGUCUUCCUAUCCUGGGCUGCCUGGCGGUGUCCUGGUUUGUCGUAUUUCUCUGUCUCAUCAAGGGUGUUAAAUCCUCUGGAAAGGUGGUGUACUUUACAGCCACAUUCCCCUAUCUUGUUUUGACCAUCCUGUUUAUCCGUGGCAUCACCCUGGAUGGAGCCAUCAACGGCAUCAAGUUCUACCUGACUCCACAGUGGCAGAAGGUCCUUGAUGCAAAGGUGUGGGGAGAUGCUGCAUCACAGAUCUUCUACUCCCUGGGCUGUGCAUGGGGUGGUCUCAUUACCAUGGCUUCCUAUAACAAGUUCCACAACAACUGUUUCAGAGACAGCAUCAUCAUCAGUGUAACCAACUGUGCGACCAGCGUGUAUGCCGGCUUUGUCAUUUUCUCCAUCCUGGGCUUCAUGGCACACAACCUGAACGUCCCUGUGUCAGAGGUGGCUGACCACGGCCCGGGCCUGGCCUUUGUGGCCUACCCAGAAGCCCUCACUCUGCUCCCCAUCUCACCACUCUGGUCACUGCUCUUCUUCUUCAUGCUCAUCCUCCUGGGACUGGGGACUCAGUUCUGUCUGCUGGAGACCCUGGUGACGGCCGUCGUCGAUGAGAUCGGUACGGACUGGAUCAUCAGGAACAAGACGGUUGUCACAUUGUCAGUGGCUGUAGUUGGAUUCUUACUUGGAGUGCCACUAACGACACAGGCAGGAAUCUAUUGGUUGUUACUGAUGGACAACUAUGCUGCUAGUUUCUCUCUGGUCAUCAUCUCCUGCAUCAUGUGCAUCUGCGUUAUGUAUGUUUAUGGCUACAGGAACUACUUUAAAGACGUUGAGAUGAUGCUGGGCUUCCCUCCUCCUCUCUUCUUCAAAGUCUGCUGGAGAUUCAUCUCCCCCCUCAUUAUCUCUUUCAUCCUGAUCUUCACAGUGAUCCAGUACAAGCCCAUCAAGUACAAUAACUACGUGUAUCCCGGCUGGUCUCUGGCUAUCGGCUUCUCCAUGGCUCUGUCCUCAGUGGUCUGCAUACCCAUCUAUGCCCUCUACAAGAUCUCAAGGUCCCCAGGAGCCACAUUCAGAGAGCGGUUGAAGUUCGCUUGCAUGGCAGAUCCAAAGUGGGGCCCCGCCCUGCAGGAGCACCGGACAGGCCGCUACGCCCCCAUGGCCUCCGAAGACACUGUGGAGGCUCGUCCCCUCAAGGAGAAGGAGGAGCUGAAGGAUGAGGAGAAGGAGAGGAAGGAUGAGAUCAGCCUCACCAUCCAGGGAAGCAACGGCUCUACCAACACACACAACCACCCCAACCCCAGCGCAUAGACGGCACCCCGCUCUGUCAGCGCUACCGGGCUCGACCCUCGGUGCCCCACCAUCUUUUUCUUCUCUUCCUCCCUUCUCCUCCAUCCUCACCCCACUUUCCCACAGUCCUCUGUGGGGGAGAUCCCAUUCGCUGGAGACCUUUACAUAUUGUAAGGGCUUAUUAUAUCUAUCCUAACCUCUUCUAUCUAUCUAUGUGUUGUCUCGCGAUAAAACGAAGAAGAAAAAAACGAAAGGAAGAAAAAAAUUGGGUCAUCAUCCAAAAGGGGGGGUGUGUGUGUGUGUGUGUGUGCGCGCGUGUGUGUGCGUGUGUGUGUGUGUGUGUGUGUGUGUGUGUGUGUGUGUGUGUGUUGUUAAUUUGUUACAGAUAAUUUAAUAAUGCAGUUUGUUUAUCCUUUCAUUUUUUGUAAAACUUGUAUAUGUCAUCUUCAUAUGCAGUUAGAGAUACAGUAGAUUUUGAAGCUGCAUGCGUUUGUUUUCUGCAUGCAGCAACAUUAAGACACACACUGUUCUCCUUUAUUCUGUUAGCUGGGUCGGUUUGGGAUUGGUGACUUUCUAGCAGCAGUGAUUUGACAUCUGGAGACUAGUGAUGCGAUACACAGUGGUGCUGUAAUAAAGAGGAGCAGGGUGAACUGUGCCUGAGCUGGCCAUUUACAGUUUGAUGAUGCUGGAAGAGGCAGAUACACUCAUUCACACCCAUACACUCACAUUAUUGUACAUUUUACAGCACACAGUGACCUCAGCUAUAGUUGAUCUCAGCUUAAGACUAAGCCUGUUGUUAUUUUAUGCUGCUUCUUUUAAAAGAAAGUUCUACAGAGCACACAUAUUUAACACCUGAGAUGGCGACUGACACUUGGGGCUGAUUUUCGGUGGACAUUUUCUCCAUUUGUAACUUUUUUUUCCACUAAAGCUGCUUAAACUUUGAAAACUCAGCAGAGAAAUAUCAGUGAACUUAAACCGUUCUAUGCUCUCUGCCUCACACAUACUCUUCUAUUCCCACACACAAACACACACACACACACACACGUGGACACACACACACGCAAAAGCAUUUGCUUCCGGUUCUUUGACUGAAGAGAUCCAUUUCUCAGGGUCCAAGCAAAAUUAAACUCUGUGGUUUCCUUGCCUGUGGAAACCUUGUCUUGACUAAAGGUGGCCUGUUAAGAUUAUGGGGACCGAAACCACCUAACUUUCCCCUCUGUCAACACCUACACAUACCUGUACACUCAAAACAGGUGGAUGCAACUCUGUAUAUUGAAGUGCCAUCUCUCCUUAAGUCUUCCAGGCAUUCUUUUUUUGAGUGAAAUGCAUCGUGGGGUGUAGUCUAUGAAGGAGGAUCCGGGCUAGAGGACGUAGCUAGUGAGAGGAUCGUAUUGUGUCGUAGUCUGUGUCUCCCGUGGGUCGUAGCAAUCUGCCCCAUUAAUUAAGGCAUGUUACCAAAAACAUUACCUGAGUUACCUGAGUCCUGCACAUGUUUUUGGUAACAUAUAUACUGUAUAUCUCAGAAAGACUGGUAUGGUGUCAGUCUCUUACAGUCAGUGGGACCUUUAAUGUAUUUACAUGCAUUUAUUUUAAAAGCUCUGAGCCAAGCUGUGCUGUGACUGGUGGAGAGACAGAAAGCAAAAGAGAUGCAGCUUGUUUCCAGAAGAAUACAGAAUACAAAUCUUAAAUGAAUUAUGUAGAUUUAAAUGUAGCUGUAUAGUAUAGUUCUUUCUGUAGAAUUCUCCUUUUUACCUCUCAUUAUUGUAAAGUAACUUAGUAAAUAAAUAUAAAGACAGCAUAUGUUUAUUUUGUACAAAAAAUAAAAACUACUGAAUCAUAAUUAACCAUGUUUACCAUUCCUCAUCUGUGACUUGAUUUGUUGUUGUUGUUUGUUGGAGCGUGUGGGAUAGGACAGAGAGGGGUCUCUUUAGCAUGCAGGGUUGGGUUUCCCAAAAUUGUCUGAUUGGAAAGCAUCAAGGACUAUUUGUAAUAGUGUAGUCGCAGAGGUUUAUGGAGGUCUUAAUACAGCACAAAUGUACGAAAAGAGUCACCUAGACAGCUGUGUGAAGAUCACGUGUUCCUUUCUAUUUUCAUUCUAAGAUGCUUUGUUGGGCACAUGUUCAGAGAGGAAGUGAGAUGCUUUUAGCUUCACAGGCAGGAAGGAUUUUUUGGGAUUGCAUCUGGUCUGGCUGUAAUGUUUCUUCACGUGGUAGUUUUUCUACGUUUUGUGAGCUGUCACAUCAUCAAUUAUAUCGAAGACGUUUGGAGAACUAGAAGGCUAUGAUAUCCGUAUGAGCAUGGAACAUAUUCAGAUAUACAAAAUUAUAUACAGCAUAUGUGGAGAACCGUAAACGAAUAUUUUCAUAUUUUGUGAAAUACUCUUAUGCGCUAGAAGAUUAGCUGAGAAGAUUGAUACCACUUGCAUGUAUGUACGAUAAAUAUGAAGCUGGAGACGGCACCUGGUUAGCUUAGCUUAGCAUAAAAACUGGAGACGGGGGGAAACGGCUAGCCUGACAUUUCUAAGGUAACAAAAUCUGCCUUCAGGAUCUCUGACGCUCACAAAUUAACGUGUUUUAUCUUGUUUCUUUGAUACGCUUUCCGACAAUUCUCUGAAGUGUUGAAGCACAAUUGCACAUUUUUUCACCACUUAUCCCCCAAAACGCAUGUCCUUAGAAAAGGAGAGUGAUUUUAACACGACAGUGCAGUUGCUCCACUAAGACGGGGUGAUGCUGACACUCAGGUUAGUAAAGGCACAACAGUGGUGUAACUCUGAAUUAAAUACAAAAAGCCCAACAGACACUACAAAAUGUUAAAUGUCAAAACAAGCAACAAUGAUAGAGGUCAAUGCUAAGCACAGAAGCUUAAAUAUAGUGCACAUAAUCAUGAUAAGCACAGUGAGUGUUCUAAAACAAGCACAAAUUUCUACCCAGGUUUCUAACAGGCUUUUUUUUUUUACAGUAAGGUUCUAUAGAAACAUCCUGGCUAUUGAUAUAGAUGGAGAAUUGUAGCUUUGGUUGGUAGUUAGCGGUCUGUUUUUACCUUCUGGUUUAGGUUUAUUCCUAAAUCAUUUUUAUAGUAUCAUUCCUAAUACCAUUGUAUUUUGUAAAAGUUUUUAUUUUUUAUUAAAUUACUGCAAAACCAGGUGCUCAAGAAGCAAUACAUUAUCUCCAUCUACUAAUCUAAAUAAAUUGCAUUGCUUCUUUUGAGUAGAAACUCUGAUCCAAGGAACGUUACACUUUCUAAAUGAGGUUUUGUUUGCUGAAAAGGGUGAAUAUGAAGUUGUUAUUCUCUAUAUUGGGACAGCUUGUAGCUCAGACCAUUUCCUGUUUGUGGUUGCCUGUCUUGUGCGUUCAUGCUGUAGUAAGUGAAGCUUAGCCACCAUGUUAUCUCUCUAUAUAUCCCAACCCUCGCCAUCUCCCCACAACUCUUCCUCCUGUUGUACAGUAUUGUAAAAAAAUAUAUAAUCGGACUGUGUGCAUGUGUGCGUUGAUCUUUGCUUUGAUUUCGAGGGUGGGUAAGUGUGUUUUUGCGAGUCAGGGGAGGGCGGGUAUUGUUUCAUUUUGUUUUUGAUUUGUCAUUUUUCUUGUAGUGUGAUGUAGAUGACGUCAGGUGUAUUGUGUACUGUGUGUGUAGUGGAUUAGCUCUUACUGCUGAGCCUGCAUGUAGAGCAGGCAUAGUGUCAGUAUUGAUGUCAAUGUAUCGCUAACCUAUCAGAACUAGCAAAGUCUUAUUCUGCUUAUAAUAUAGUAUUAUCUUUUAAGAGAGAAAAACAUUUUGUACUAAAAGAAGAGAAAGAAAACUACUUAUAGUAUUAUCAGAUUUUACUCAUUGUUUAUCCAAUGUUAAAUGACACUACUUUUUUUGGUUUGUUUUUAAAGUUGUAUUCAUUGAAAAAUUAAGAUAAUGCCAGUUAGGUUUAAAAAGCAUUUCCAAACAAAAAGCUUUGGAUCGAAACUUGAACUACAAAGGAAUGGUUGUUUUAUUUUCCGGUGAGCUCUGGUGUAGAUGGCGGCUGCAGUUACAUGACAGAAUGACAGAUGUGUGACAGUAACACAUGAACCUAAAGCUAUAUUUUACAAAGUACAGUGCCAACAGUCGUACAUCGCUGUUUACCUUUAAUAUUCUGUGGCCCUUAACACAAACAGUUUGGCUUUUUCUGUCUAAUUGUUACAAAAUGUUUUUUAAAAAGAAAUUAGCAAAAUCAAAACACCAAAAGUACACCGCCACCAAGAUUCAAUUAGCAUCAGGACCCAUUAACUCACAUUUUCAUUCUUGUGCUGCUCUGAUGCAUUAUAUUGGAAAAUAACAUUGUUUCAUGUGGACAAUUUAGACAAUUAUAUCACAUAUAUGUAUCCGGCAAGGGUCCAGUUACCAUUACAUUUUGAUUUAUUCCUCUUGUUGGUAAAGUAAACCUUCAAUUAUGUGGCUACCAAAAGACUAAGACCAAUUUAGUCUAAAAAAACGAGAUUGAGAAUAGUUAAUAAUUGGCCCAUGUCUUCAUAUACUAAUAUACUAUUGCCUACUAUCACCGAAGUGGCUGUGGAGAAAGUCACUGAUGUUGAAGAACAUGAACUACGUGAAGUUUCAGACCAUUUUUGUACACAAAAUUCACAGCAGAACUGCUCUACUGUACUAAAAAACAAAACUGUGAUUUUACCUUAUUUCUGUGGUUCUCUGUAAAUUGCAGAACAUUACCUCUUGAAUUUCUUACUACUGCUAAUGUAAGCAUAAUCUUAUGUUUCAGCACUUUAAAAACAUCACUUUUUUUUUUUUUUGUAAAAGCAACAGAUAAAAAAACUUAUUAAAAUAAUGAUUCACACUUUCAUUUUGAAAAAAGAAAACACGUUUGGUAAAUGUCUUAUUUUCAGUGGUCUGGAUGAAAGAAACUGUUCAAGUGUCAGUGGACAUACAGUAUGCUGUGUUGUUGCUAUGCUAAUGUAAAUUGUUUUCAUGGGAGAGUGGAGAGGAAAAGCACAAGUGAGAAAAGAGAACACAACUGUUCUUCUGGUAUCCUCUAUCAUAUCUAUCUGUCUAUCUAUCUAACCAUGUCUGUUCUUCUUGUUCUUCAACCUUUAGGGCCAAAAUCCAUUGCAAUGUCUUAGUCCUGUCAGCUGUAUAUCGUAAACUGUUGAAUUACAAAAUGGUAAAUAAAAUCUAUUUUAAAGAUCA